AUGGCAUCAAAAGCUUCAGCAGGUGUUACAAAGUGGCAGGAUGUAGCAAGCGAGGUCCAAAAGCAUCAAGAUGCUACAAUCGCCAAAGUUGAGCCUGCCAUUGUCGAGAUUACCGAAAAAUUACCUCGUCGAGUAAUUUCACUUCCCAGAAAGUACUUGAGCCCGGAAGAGAUUACAAUCACUGAAACACCAAUCGAGAAAUCACUGGCUUCUCUUGCUACUGGAAAGCUUAGUUCAUUAGCUGUCACGAAAGCUUUUCUUCGACGUGCUGCAAUUGCUCAGAAAUUGGUUCUUGCACGGGCAAAAGAACUUGAUGAGCACUUUGCAAAAAAAGGUCCAAUAGGACCACUUCAUGGUCUUCCAAUAAGUGUGAAGGAACAUAUUGGUAUGAAAGAUUUGGAUAAUACUUGUGGAUUGGUCGGUUGGGUUGGCCGCAAGAAUCAUGACGACGCGAAUAUUCUGAAGAUUCUCUUGGCUGCGGGUGCAGUACUAUAUGUGAGAACUAAUGAGCCGCAAGGUUUGAUGAUGUUAGAAACUGUCAACAAUAUAGGUGGUCGAACUACUAAUCCUCACAAUACAGCACUGACACCAGGUGGAUCUUCAGGUGGUGAAUCUGCCCUUCAAGCUCUCGUUGGGAGUCUGCUUGGAAUUGGAUCGGACAUUGGUGGCAGUAUCAGAUCUCCUUCAGUUCAAUGCGGACUUUACGGCUUACGUCCAACGACCUUUCGUCUCCCACUUGUAGGACUUGCAGCUCCCAGUAUGGGAUGCGAUACCAUCGCCGGUGCCAUUGGUCCCUUGAGCCGAUCGCUUGAAGGCAUCGAUCUUUUCAUGAAAGUUGCCUUACACUCGAAACCUUGCGUCAGUGAUCCUAGUUUACACCAAAAGCCAUGGAUAACGGGACAAACAUCUACAGAUAGACUUACCAUUGGGGUUAUGUGGGAUGAUGGCAUCGUAAAACCUUCACCACCGGUGACUAUAGCAUUGAACGAAGUGGUCGAAAAAUUGAAACAGGUUCCUGGAGUUGAGAUCAUCGAAUGGAAACCUUACCAGCACGAUAAUGCUAUGAAGAUUCUGACGAAACUCUAUGCGUGUGAUGGAGGAGAGUUCUUCACAGAUGCAUUGGCUCUUUCUGAGGAGCCCGGUCUCCCUCUGACCAAUUACACUUUGAAAGACUCCUCGGGAGUUCAGAACCUAACUCAUCAACAACCUCGCAGUGUGAAAAUUCGAUUCUUAUUGCUAACCACGAUCGCAGAAUGGAAUACCAUGGCACCAAAAAUGGAUCUUAUUCUUUGUCCAGCCGGUCCACUGCCAGCUCCUCCUCACGACGCUUCAAAAUACUGGGGCUACACAUCUAUAUGGAAUCUACUCGAUUAUCCAGCUAUUGUAUUUCCUGUCACAAAGGUCAAUCCCGUGAUUGAUGUUAAGGAUGGAAACUAUAAGACAAGAAAUGAUUUGGAUAAAUGGUAUCAUGAUCAUUACAAUGUUGAAGAGCAGAUCGGUGCACCUGUUGGUCUCCAACUCGUAGCUAAGAAGUUAGAAGAUGAAAAGGUAGUGGACGUGAUGAGAUUCAUCAAAGAGAAGAUUGGAGUUCCGUUUGUAGACUGUUUUCAGGAUUGA